AAUAGUAUUCAUAUGAUAGCCAAGUGCGGUAAAAUGAAUGAUUUUGAAUAGAUAAGUUUGAAAUGAAAUCAAAGUAAAAAAAAUGAUAGCUGUAACGUCUAAGAUGCCUAAUAUUCAAUAUUUGGGACUAUAGGAGAUUACAAUGGCAUCGGAUGCUACUAAAAUCAGCAAGCAAUCAUCAUAUUCAAGUCGCAUGAAUCUCAACUCAAACUCGUUAUCAUUAUUUUCCCAGAAACAAGUAAACCAGUUUGAUCAUAUCUCGGUUGAAUCCAAAUCAAGCUCAGGAAUAUCAUCAUGUGUAAAUCAAAACCAGCAUUAUUUAGGCUCUGCAUAUCGGAGUUGUAAACAGGAAAAAAAUUACAAUUUGUUAAUUCAAAGUGCUUUCUUCAAAAAUACUUGUCGUGAAGUUACAUUUCUUAUUCUGCUUCUUACAGUAGUUGUGUUUGGAAUUGUCGUAGCAUUACUUCUACUGUUACUUAAGAAUAGUCUAAAGCGCUAUCGCAAACUCUUAAUCAAAGAUAAAACAAUUACGAUUGAAACUCGAUCAACAUAUAAGUUCGAGAAAAUGGAUAAUAAAUUCCCUCAUUUGACAGAUGGAGGACAUGUUCAUGGAAUUCAACGUAGCUAUUUGACAGUAGAUGAAAAAGAAAGCAGUAUUGAGCAUGAGAAACCAUCUACAUAUUAUUUGAAAGAUAUAAAAAGGACAUCAUCCGCAGAUGCUAUUCACAACAGCUCUUCAUUUGAGAAACUUCAUCGUCAAUACCGAAUAUGUGAUAAAAAGCAGUUCAAUUUAUCUGUUGCUGACACUACAUCUUCUUCAUUGACACAUCCUAAUUCAACAUUACCAUCAGCAAAUGAACUGUGUUAUAACGAUCAAUUUUUCUCUCAUGAGCCACACAAAUAUGGAGCAAUCAAACGUUACCGGGAAUCAAACGUGGAUCCUAUUUGUAAAAUUACUUUUGGGCAAGGUAGUGCAAAUAGUAUUCAACCUUCACAAAACGAGAAUCUAAGCAAACCAGAAAUUUCGGAGAUAUUCACAUUAGAAUCGUCGUCUAUAAUACGAAAUACUUGUUUAUUACAAAGGAAGCCAUUUAAUGAUAAAAACGUUGAAAAUGUCAGAAACGAAUUGCCCGCUUCAAAUGACAAAAAAAAAAAAUCCGCAUUUGAUCGUGAUAGAAGACACAUAAAUUUGUCUACUAACGAUGAAAAUAGAAGUCAAGUAAAUGAUGAUUGCUUCAGAACAGUGUUGUCACAGUCAUUUAUUGUUUUCGCUAACGAAGAAAACUCGCGCAAUAUUCAUGAUAUAUCUUCUAAUCUUACAAAAAAUCUUGCUAUUGCGUCGGUUAAAACUGCAUUAACACCGAAUGUUACCAAUGCCUUUGGUGUACCAAGAGAAUUCAUACUUCUACCAAAACCCGUUCAACAUGACGAAUCUUCACAACUGUACAGAAUCAACGAUAAUAGCAAAAUCGAAAAUUCCUAUUUCCGUUUUCCUGAAGUAGAUAUAUUUACUCCGCCGAUCAAAGAACAAGUCGUCAAUCAAAAUUCAAUUGAAAAAGAAAACGAGGUAGAAAUAACUUCUAACAUAAUCAUGAGUAUUUCUCCAGAGGAAUCAUCUAUAAAUCCUCUAGCUCUGUUGCCAUAUCCAACUAUAGAUGUAUAUGAUAGAAGUGCAAAACUUGUACAUAAUUCUUAUGACCGUUCAACUCUGACUGAAACAAAAAAAGAUUCGAAUAUCACAACACCCACGCCUAGCACUAAUAAUGCUUUUUUUACAAACCGCGUUGAUAGACGAAGUCGGUUAAAAUCAAUUUCACUUGAUUCAGAAGGAGCUCGCUUGGUAGAGGAAAAUUUCACCAAAAGCAUCCCAGUUGAAGAAUUAGUUGAAAUAGUUGCCAAUCAGUCUCACUCAUCUCAGAAUGAAUCGCAAGUUCAGCUUAAAAUAUUAGGCACUAGGGAUGAUAAUGACCAAGUAUUAGGCAAAAAACGAAAUAUAUUUAAUCUGACUCUAGAUCUUAAUGAUAGAGAUGACACAUUGAUCACGGACAAUGACUGCAAACUCAACGAAUUUUAUGUCGAAUACUAUGAUUAUGACGACGAUGACGAGGAUGAUAACGAUAAUGACGACGAAAUCGAAAAAUACGAUGGACAAUCCCAAACGACUACUAAAGUUUAUACUGACAGGCGCAUAAAACAACACUUUGAACUACAAACAUCAAAAAUACCGCCACUAAAACACACUCGCCAAAAAGCGUGCUCUUUAGAUUCAGCUCGUUCUGUAAGUUACGUGCAGCCACAGGAUAUUACCUAUAAGUUUCCGGAUAAAGAGGAACACAAAACAGCUCGCGCAUUGAACUCUCGUACGUCAUUGACACGUACAUUCUCGCUGUCAGUACCUACGACUCCGAAACGCCAAUUUUAUCGCCUGCAUCAACACAGCGGAAAAUUUAAAUCGAACUUGUUCAAUAAUGAUGAUGGUUCGCUUAACAUAAACAAUAGCCCAGCAGCUGAAAAGUACUUGUUCUGCGGUUUUCAACAACAAAUAAAAAGUUCCGAGGAAAUAUUUGAUGUUUUUUCCAACUCAGUAGAUAUAGGACACAAAACAAGUAGUACAAAAACAUUAUCAUCCGACAUAAGCCAACGAAGAGAGCAAGAUUUGUCUAACGUAAAUCUUAAAACUCUGCCAGAAAUUUGUCCUGUUCGAAGUUUCGCAGAUUCAAACACUCUUGAAAAACCAUAUCUUCAAGCACUCAGCAAAAGUCGAUCAAGUAUACUACAAAGGAGGGGCUCAAACCAUAGUCUCACGCUUAAUCUAGAUAUCAUUGCUGUAAGUGACAAUCUAUCUAAGCGACUUUCUGCUUCCAAUUAUAGUUUAGGAAAUUAUAAAGGCUCUCGGCUGAGUUUAGUAGGGUCUUCAUUCAAUCUCCAGCAACAGCCCCAACAAAUGCAUGGCAGUAACUUAUCAAGCGUGCAGACAUCUCAGUCAAAAAAAAAUUUAUUGCAAAGACGUGGUUCAAAUACAAGCCUAAUAUUAAAUUUGAAAGGCUCAAGCAGUAGUCUAAAUCAUUACACUAGUCAGGGCUCGUUGAAUAUUCAGAACCAACAAAAUUUUCGUCCUGCCAAAAAAGGAUUACUAGAACGCCGCAACUCAAAUAGUAAUUUAGCAUUAUUCAACGUACAGAACCGUGAACUAUCAAAGUCAAAUAGUAAUCUGCCGGGUUCAAUAUGCAGUUUAAACAGCAUUUCAACUUAUCAUUCGAAAAACGGGCAGCUUAUGCUGGAAGCAACUGAACAUCAUGAAAAUAUUAACUGUGAACAUUGGUCAUUAGCUAAUACAUUGAAUGAAUCGCAUCUUACCCCAAAAUGUCAGCAGUACGGCGGAAGGAGAAAAUUUCUUAGUACUGAUGGUCUUAAUGAUAUAACAGAUUCGCGAGCUGGUUAUUGCUGUCAACAAAGAGAAACAAAUGCGAACAAUCUACAAAUAUUUCACAAAGAACCUACAGAUAAUUGUUGUGGUUCUGCAGAAAAUGUGAAGAAGCACUACGCUUUUCAUAAAAUAGAUUGUGCCUGUAUGGCCGGAAAGGCAACUGUGUCAGACAAAGUGAACGUACCCUGCAAAAAUAAUUUUAAAUUUAAAUCUACGGUUGUUUCUACUGCAUCAGCGAAUAACCUCACACAAUUUACAUGCUGUAAUUAUUGUUGCUGUAGCUGUGUAGAUUCUUUAGUAGAGGCUGUUAAUACGAUGAGUAUUAGUAAUACCAAUGUACGAAAAAUUACAACUAAACCGCUCAGUCCUCAAACUACAAGUGAAGAUUUUAAAAUAUACCUUGCCAACAUCCAGUUUCUUCAAAACGCAUCGAAUCUACUUUCAGAAAACUAUAUACAAAAUCUUCAUUGUAUAUUUGAAAAGAGCUAUUAUAGAUCUGAUAAAACGAGAAACGGAAAUGCGUCGCUAGAAGUAAAAUCGAAUCAUUGCUUGGCCCGCAAUGCACAGAAUCAAGAAGCAGAUAAUUCGACAGGGUGUAUCGUUUCAGAACCAGUAGAUGAUCAUGGUCACGAGCUGGCAGACGAAGAACAAAGGAAAAUGAUUCUUAAAAUUCAUCAAGAGUUUUGGGAUCUGCCAACUAACCACCAAGAAAAACCGAUGGUUUUCGGAUCGCAACCAAAAAAUCGUUAUAGAACUAUUUUGCCCAACGAAAAUACCAGGUUUAUACUUGCAGCAGAGUCUGGAAUGACAAGUGAGCCCUACAUUAAUGCCAAUCUAAUAAAGGGACCGGAUUAUACCAAUAAUAAGUAUAUUGCAACUCAAGGUCCGAUGAAUAACACGAUAUACGAGUUCUGGUUGAUGGUACAUCAAAAUAUCAUGAAUACGGCCAAACAACAUUGCCUAAAGGGAUUAGAAGUUGAACAAAAAAUAGUUAUGCUUACAGAUCUUGUCGAAAAUAAUAGGCAAAAGUGUGCGAUAUAUUUUCCUUUGCAAUGCAAUGAGAGUUUAUUAUUCAGCAGAGGAACGACAUGUGACACUGAACAUCCUUCGAGUAGUUACGUGAGCAUAGUUGAGGAGACUUUGGCCAACUUGGAAACUACUGUUUUCAAGCCCACUAUUUUCGAAAAUUAUUUUAUAAUUACCAAUUUAGGAAUUUGCCGCAAAAAUGGAUAUACUAUGCGCAAACUAUUAGUAAUUUAUGGGGCUCAACAAAAAAGCGAAAUGACAGAGCAUCGGAAUAUUUUUAUGGUGUAUCACUAUUGGUUUCCAGAUUGGCCAGAUCAUCGCUCACCGGACGAUAUAGAUGUUUUACUGGAUAUGAGUUUAGAUAUACUCGAUCGAGAUUGUUCAAAAGAUUUUAGUAAUGUUACAAAUAUCACUUCGAACAGAAUUUGCACUUUACCAGUUAUACAUUGUUCGGCUGGAAUCGGGAGAACUGGUUGUCUUCUCGCUAUUCUGAAUGGAUUGAGUCAAAUGCGACAUUCGUUUAAUAGCAGCAAGACAGACCAUGAAAAUUCAAAUAAUUGUUUAGAAGAAAAUUCAAUGUUGUUUACAUCUACAGUCGAAGAUGAGCAACAUCUGCCUCCGAUUUGGAAAAAAAGCAGACAAGUCUGCGUCGACAUACUUGGAAUUGUAUGUAACUUGAGACUACAAAGAGGAGGAAUGGUUCAAAAUUCUGAACAGUAUGAGCUGAUACACAGGGCUUUGUGUCUAUAUUUGCAAAAGUUAUGCGUGUAAUUUAUCGUAUUGUAUCAUAUCUGUUAGGCUAAUGGUUAAAGCAUCACAAUAACUUUAUAUAGUUUUUGCCAAAGAAUAAACCAACGUUAAGAGAAUAAACACAAAAACGAGAUUCAGGUUCAGUAUCAUAGUAGUGAAAUUUAUCCAUCGUGCAAUAAAAUGUAAAAAUUAUUAUGUAAAAUGCUAAUAUUGUCAUUAUUGUUAAACGAUUA